AUGGCACAACCUACCACAGCAUCAGCUCCCACAUCAUACAAUAACUUUACAGAUCAAGCAUCUCUCCUGGAAAGAAGACAGCAGAAUGCUCCCUUUCUGCAGCAACUAGAAUUGCCAUCAUUACCGCCUUUAUCGCAGUUACUGACAUCUGAUUCUACCGCAAACAAAGACCAACCAACACCCAAUACACAGGCAGCAACUGAAGCCGCUAUCGCAGCUGCUACAGCAGUGACAGCAUCCAUGAUCACAUCUACCACACAGCCCAUCAUCCAAGAAACAUUUUUACCUACUCAUCAAAAACCUACAACUAAUAAUCUUCUCUACGGUUUCCAACAACAACCUACAACAUCUACAUCUCCCAUCAUGACAUCCAACGCUCUUUUAAAUGACUCAGUGGCUAUCUUCCCAACUACAACGGAUGCUUCAUUAGAUCAAACACUCAUGGCUAGUGAUCAUCACUUUUUGGAUCCGCAACAGCAAAUGUUUAAUGCAGCAGCUGCAGUGGCAGCAGCCACCGCGGGCCUGACCGAUCCACAUGGAGUAAAUCCCACCAUGAGUAUGCCACCUUCUUUUAUGGAGAGACAAAGACAAUCCUCAGUAUCGUCCACAUCAUCUGAUAAAGUAUAUUCAUUUGUAGCUAUUCCUGGCACUAAUCAAAGAAAGAGACCUCGCAGAAGAUAUGAUGAAAUUGAGAGACUCUAUCACUGCAAUUGGCUUGGAUGUACCAAGGCUUAUGGCACUUUGAAUCACUUAAAUGCACAUGUGAGCAUGCAACAACAUGGACCUAAACGUCAUCCUACUGAAUUUAAGGAAAUGCGCAAAGAAUGGAGACGUCAAAAGAAAGAGCGAGACGCAGCAAAGAAGUCAGCAGAGCAAGCUUAUCGUAAUCAACAAGAAUCCAUGAUGCAGCAGCAUGUCCAGCAGCAGCAGCAACAUCAGCAACAUCACCAUCAUCCUCAAACUCAUCAUCAAGCCAUGCCAUUCCCUUUUCAACAGUCCUUUAUGCCCAACAACAUGGCUCUUGGUAACUUUUAUUAA